AUGGACGGUCACGAAGGAGACAUGGGACCACUUGAGAUGACUAGGACCUAUGCAGAGAGCAGUCACCGGCUGCUGGGCCUUCCCGAACGGUCUGGCAAGAUCCGGGACCUGUCCCAGUUCGACGCGCAGUUCUUCGGCGUGCACCCGAAGCAGGCGCACGUGAUGGACCCGCAGCUGCGCCUGUUCCUCGAGACGUCGUACGAGGCGAUCGUGGACGCCGGCUACGACCCGGGCACGCUGCGGGGACGCAGGAUCGGAGUCUUCAUGGGCAGCAGCGAGUCCGAGACCUUCGAGGCCUUCAGCGUGGACACGGACAAGAUCGACGGCUACGCUCUGGUCGGCUGCUGUCGGGCCAUGUUCUCCAAUCGGGUCUCCUACUCCCUCGACUUCAAAGGGCCGAGCUUCACUGUGGACACGGCCUGUUCGUCGGCCAUGACGGCGCUCAACCAGGCCAUGCUGGCGCUGCGCUCGGGACAGUGUGAGGCGGCCCUGGUCGGGGGCAGCACGCUGACGCUCAAGCCCGCCACGGCACUCAACUACUACCGCCUCGGCAUGCUGUCGCCGGACGGCAAGUGCAAAGCCUUCGACGCUGACGUUUUCAAAGAUAUCGUGGACAGCUAUUUUCUUCAACAAGUACCACGUCACCUACAUCCAGAUUUAUGGACUUGA